UUAAAUAAUACAAGUAGUUAUGUCGUAUGUCGUUAUGUCAGUGUGAAGAACCAAUCCAAACCAUAACCAUAUCCUCCAAACCGUGUGUUUAGCAACAGCUUGUUUAUUUGUUAUUUAUGUAUUAAUGUUGCUAAAUAAUGACUAGACACGCUAGAAACUGUACUGCCGGGGCAGUGUACACUUAUCACGAGAAGAAAAAAGACGCAGCAGCAUCCGGUUAUGGAACCCAAAGCGAACGCGUAGGCAAGGAUUCUGUUAAAAACUUCGACGACUGCAGCCUGACUUUGCAGCCUUGCAGGAACCCCGUCGUCACUAAGGAAGGCUAUCUUUUCGACAAGGAAGCUAUCCUGGAAUACGUGAUUUCUAAAAAGACCGAAUACACCCGUAAGCUAAAACGCUAUAUAAAGCAGUUAAAAAAAGAAGAUAACGAAAAAAAUGAGCUUGCGGCGGCUGAAAAAGAGGCAAACCUUAUCAAAUUCAUGAACAGAGAAAAAAAUAUAUCCGGCUCUACAUCUAAGAACUCCGAGAAUGGGCCCUCGUCAUCUACUUCUGUCUCAAAUCUUGCUAAUGGCAAAGACAAGCAUUUACCUAGUUUCUGGGUACCAGCAAUGCUGCCAGAUGCUAAGAUUUCUAAAGUCGAGAAGCCAGACCCAACAGUAUACUGCCCAAUCAGUGGAAAACCCUUGAAAAUGAAAGACCUGAUUGAAGUUAAGUGGACGUUGGUACCAGACCCAGAUGAUAAGAAGUCAUUGAUUGCGAAAGAAAAUAGAUACAUGUGCCCUGUGACACAUGAUAUCCUGAGUAAUGCUAUUUCAUGUGCAGUCAUCAGAACAACAGGUCAUGUAGUGACAAUGGAGCAUUUUCUGAGAACAGCUCAUACGCGAAUAAUUCAAAUUGCAUCUGAAUAUCUGCCAGAGCCGUGCGCUAAUAUUUUUGCAACAUUUUCUUUUCUUAUGGGUUAG